AUGUCAAAAAUUACACAACAAAUUUCAAAUAGUGCUCUUUCUAAUGUUCAUCAAUAUGGUUCAGAAAAAUCCUUCGUCACUGAUAAAUCAAUAAGUAUAACACGAUUAGAUCAAAUGUCUAAAAAUCAUCAACAUCAUCCUUCAUUGUCACAAUUGCAUGAAGAUGCAUGGGAAAGCAAUGGGUCGAAUAAAAAUUCAACAGAUAAAGAAAAAUAUAUCCAUCAACUCCCAGAACAUGCACAGAAUUUAAAAUUAAACGAACCAUUAUCAACAUCAUCAGAAGCAACUCAUCAUGAAAUAAAAAACAUAUGGAUAAAUCAAAAAGGUUCUAUUAAUGAUCAUCAUCAACAGAAAAGAAGAAAAAAUUACAAACGUUCAUGUUUAUAUCGAAAGAAAUAUUUAUGUAUAUGUUUAUCUACGAUUUUUCUUUGUAUAGCUAUCGCUAUAGUACUAGCAAUUGUUUUGACCACCUUAGAAAGAAAAAAUUCACCAUUAAUUACUCCGGCACUUCGAUGGAACACAUCAGGCAUAACAAUUGUUGGUACUGGUGGUGUACCUGGAAAAACCUCUAAUUUAUUAAAUGUACCUUACGGUUUAGGUUUUGAUUCUUCAGAAACACUCUAUAUUGCUGAUCACUACAAUAACCGAAUACAGAAACUUAUAACAAGUACAUCAAAUUGUGUUACAGUAGCUGGACACUUUAAUGGAACUUCAGGAAUUACUUCGGAUCGAUUAAAUCAACCUGUUGGUAUUCUAUUUGAUUCAAGUGAUAAUAUGUAUGUAGCAGAUAGACUCAAUCAUAGAGUUCAACUUUGGGUUAAAGAUGCAACGUAUGGUAUCACAGUUGCAGGUGGAAAUACAAGCAUUUCGUUAGCUCGACCAUCUGGUCUCGCACGUGAUCCAGAUUCCGGUACAAUAUAUAUAAGUGAAAGUAGCAAUCAUCGAGUUACUAGUUAUCCAUCAGGUAUUGUAGUUGCUGCUGGAAAUGGAGCAGGAUACAAUAAAAAUCAAUUAAAUGUACCUUAUGGUUUAACAUAUGAAUCUAUCUCAAAAAGUUUAAUAAUCUCUAACGGUAACGCCAAUAAUAUUGUUCGUUGGACAUUAGGUGCUAAUAGUUGGACACAUGUUGCGGGUAAUAUUACUGGUGGAAGUGGCAAUACAUCAACUCUAUUAAACCUACCUGUAGGUUCGACAAUCGAUCCAAUGGGUAAUAUUUAUGUGGCUGAUGCAACGAAUCAUCGUAUUCAAUUUUUCUUAGCUGGUGAACCGGACGGUAAAACAAUCGCGGGUAUUACGGGUGUAUCUGGUGUCAAUUCUACCUUAUUGAAACUUCCUUAUUGGAUUAUACUAGAUAAACAACUCAAUUUAUAUGUUGCAGAUACAUUCAACCAUCGAGUACAAAAAUUUCUACGCUAUUAA